AUGGAGAGAGGAAACCACACAAGCACCUCUGAGUUCAUCCUCCUGGGGCUUGCCAGCCAGCCUGAGAGGCAGAAGCUGAUCUUUGGGCUCUUCCUGGUCAUGUACCUGAUUGGGGCAGCAGGGAACUUUCUCAUCAUCCUGGCCAUUGGCUCAGACUCCCACCUCCACACCCCUAUGUACUUCUUCGUCAGCAGCCUCUCCCUGGUGGAUUUCUGCUUCAUCUCCACCACAGUCCCCAAGAUGCUUGUGAACAUCCACAUGCAGACUCAAUCCAUUUCCUAUGGUGGCUGCCUAACCCAGAUCUACUUCUGCAUAUUGCUUGCCAACAUGGACAACUUCCUCCUGACAGCAAUGGCUUAUGACCGUUUUGUGGCCAUCUGUCACCCCCUGCACUACUCCACUAUGAUGGGUUUACAAAUCUGUGCCCUCAUGCUAGGGAGCUCCUGGCUCAUUGCCAACUCUCACUCCCUACUACACACCCUCCUCGUGGCUCGGCUAGAGUUCUGUGCCAGCAACAGCAUCCCUUACUUCUUUUGUGACAUUGUCCCCCUGCUCCAGCUCUCCUGUUCCAACACCCAACUCAAUCAGCUCAUGAUUCUGCUGGUGGGGGGCUUGAUUGUCCUCAUCCCCUUUCUUGGAAUUCUUGUCUCCUACAUCCACAUUGUAUCUGCUGUGCUUAAGGUUCCAUCUGCCUUGGGCAAGCAAAAGGCCUUUUCCACCUGUGGUUCCCAUCUCACUGUAGUCAUUCUCUUCUAUGGGACCAUCAUAGGAGUCUACCUGAAUCCCUCAUCUUCCCAUUCAGCAGACAAGGAUUCGCUGGCUUCAGUGAUGUAUAUGGUGGUCACCCCCAUGCUGAACCCCUUUGUCUACUGCCUGAGAAACAAGGAUAUGAAGAGAGCUCUAAGGAAAUUAUUCAGUGCGAAGGCUUUAUCUUGUGGACUGUGA